AUGCAUUCAUUUGUAGAGGCCAUAGACAAUUGCACGCUAGAUAGAAAAGCGUUUCUAUAUAUUGUUGAGUCUAUGGAUCAAUAUAAUAUUAAUAUGACCGCUUCAGAUGUAUGUUUAUCUCGAAUAAUUGAGACCCCGGAACCAUUAAACAAUUUCAUGGUACAGCCUUGCCGUGAAGACGCAUAUUGCAAACAUUGCCUCUCGUCUGGACCAUCAAUUGCCUAUGCUCUAUCUCACAGGCUUCUCAACAUGAUCUUCCGAAGAAACGUUCGUCGCUGUUUCAUACAAUCAGCGGCACAAGAUGAGAUUCUGAAUGAUCAAAUGUGUGCCUUUAUGUACAGAGAAGCAGUUUACUUGGCUAGACGUGGUUUCUUCGCUAGAGAUCUCUUUCUAGAGCAUGGUAAGGAAUGA